AUGUUUGGGAGCAGGAGGCCCAAAAGGAAAUUGCCCAUUAUACCCUUACUCAGAUUCAGCCACGGUGUGUCAUUUGAAGAUCAGGUGUUAGUUAUCAGAGAGAAGCUUGCUGAGUUGUAUGAGUCCGAGCAGCAGUGGUCAAGGGCAGCACAGAUGCUCAGUGGCAUGGAUUUAGACUCCACAAUGAGGGUUAUUGAUGAUACACUCAGAUUGUCGAAAUGUGUCCAAAUAGCUCGUCUAUAUCUUGAGGAUGAUGAUGCUGUCAAUGCGGAAGCUUUUAUUAAUAAAGCCUCAUUCUUAGUUAGCAACAGACAGCAGGAAGUAUUGAAUUUACAGUAUAAGGUUUGUUAUGCUAGGAUUUUAGAUUUGAAGAGGAAGUUCUUGGAGGCAGCAUUACGAUAUUAUGACAUAUCCCAUAUUGAGAAACGACAAAUAGGAGAUGAGUUGAUUGACGAGGAAGCAUUGGAGCAAGCUCUAUCUGCUGCUGUAACUAUAAGGAGUGAGAAGAACCGGCUCAAGGAGCAGAGGGGUGGUAUAAGACGGAGGGUGGAGAAGAUAAUGAAGUGCCUCUGCUCUGGAGAGGAAUUAAGAGCAGAUAAAAUGAUUCCUUUGUCUGAAAUCCUUGCAACCAAUGAUUAUUCAGCAAGUUGCAGUUCUUCUCGAGCUGCUGAGCUUGAGCAAAAGCAAGAUAUCGGUAAUAUUAAAGAAGCUGAAUCAUCUCUCCAUGAGAGUAGUUGUUUAAACUACGAGGAAGCAAGAGCAUUGUUAGGGAGAUAUGAAUAUCAAAAAGGGAACAUAGAAGCUGCUCUGCAUGUAUUUGAAGGAAUAGAUAUUGCUGCAGUGACUCCCAAGAUGAAACUCACCCUCGCUAAGAGAGGAGAACGUCGUAAGGAGGCGCUCUCAAAGUGA